AUGUCGCUUGUAGCAACUGAAGAAUUUCAGCACAUUCUUCGUAUACAAAACACAAAUGUUGAUGGAAAGCAAAAAAUCAUGUUUGCUAUGACCUCUAUCAAGGGAAUCGGGCGUCGGUUUUCAAAUAUUGUUUGCAAGAAGGCCGAUGUUGACAUGAACAAGAGGGCUGGUGAACUCUCGAAUGCUGAGAUUGAUAAUCUGAUGACUAUUGUUGCUAACCCUCGUCAGUUCAAAAUCCCAGAUUGGUUUCUUAACAGAAAGAAGGAUUACAAAGAUGGGAAAUACUCCCAGGUUACCUCUAAUGCACUUGACAUGAAGCUCAGAGAUGACUUGGAGCGUCUCAAGAAGAUCAGGAACCACCGUGGGCUGCGUCACUACUGGGGUCUGAGAGUCCGUGGACAACACACCAAGACCACUGGUCGUAGGGGAAAGACUGUUGGUGUGUCCAAGAAGCGAUAAGUUUGUCUCUGUUGAACCUUUUUUACAAUUGGUGCUCUUUUUAUUUUCUGCUAGCAAGUUGUUAGAAUUUCUUGUCAAGAGAUUAUUGGUUUAUGAACUGCUGAGUUGAUGGGUUUUUGUUUUUCUGUUUAAUCGAAAUCUUGAGUUAACUUUUGAGAUACCAAAG